CCACUCUCUAACCGACACAGAAAAAGCAUGCCACAAUUGAAAUAUUGAAUAGCCUAAUCCAUAAAUUGCUGGUUGUUGUUGGUUUAUUCGUUGAAACUGACGAAGCUUUUUUUUUUUUUUUUUUUUUUUUUUCCGGCUUGACUGAGAAAUUCUGGAAAAUAGUGACUUACCAAGACAAGCUGAUUCCGCUACACAGUUGAGCUGUCUGGGAACUUCAGUUCACCUGUCAUGUUCAGACCUGCUCCGGUCACAGGUGUACCUGCACCUGCUGUGCGAGUUACAAGCGCCGCACUCUAUUAGGCAGACGUGCGCGUUAUUUUUAAUUUAUUAUUAUUAUUACUUUUGUAUUAUUUAAUUUUUGUGCAUUCAUUUUCUAUAACUUUCGCUGUAAUAAAUUUCGCGUCUGAACGGGAAAAUAAAAGUUCGGGUUUUUAAACAUUAAAGCAUUAGCCUAUUUAGGCUUUAUGCGAAGGCUUCUUGUGUAGGUACGGCUUGAACCAGCAUCUGUGUAUUUUUGGCAUGGUAAGAAUUGACGACACAUGCUGGCUGAAAUUUUCCGAUUCAAUUACAUGCCGUAAAAAAAAAAAAAAAAAAAGAGAAAUAAAAGAAGAAGAAGAAGAAGAAAUGUGAGGGUACGGUUUAUUUUUUUUAAUUUUUACCUCAAUUAGAUGGGAUAGCGGAAAGAGACAUGAAACGACUGUGUAGAAGAUUGGGAUCAGGAUCGCGAAAGGACGUCGAAACGGGACUCGAACUCCAGUCACCCAGUUGCUACUGCACCUGUGUCAGAGCGCUGCCCAGUUAUUUUACCACUAUUAAUAAAGAUCAGUUUAUAAUUAAUCAGGUUAAAUUUUGAGUACCACGUUUUGUAAGAGGAACAGUGUUGAUUAAAACAGUACACCUGCUUUAGGGGUUGGCAAUUCCCUCUCAGGAACAGUGUUUAAGCCUUUGCUAAAAUCUGAUGCGACCUUUCAGUCGGUUCACCUGUAAUUAAAACGACCUUGGACUACAGUAUAUACCCAAAAUAUUUGCCUGUUUGUAAAUUCACGCCAUGGACUCAUUUCCAAGAACAUCCAAACAGAACUUUGUUGAUGACUGUCACCAUAGCUCAAGCAACUUGAGACCCUGUAUCUCUGUGAAUCCUGAAGAGAAGAAGAAGAAGAAGAAGAAAAAACUAUUCUUGUAAACGGGCAUUGCUCGUGCUACAGAAUGAUCCGGCUUACAACCAGCGACGACCUUUCACAAGUGAUGAUGAGGCCUGGAAGUCAUUCCUGGAGAAUCCCCUCACAGCUGCCACCAAGGCCAUGAUGAGCAUCAAUGGAGAUGAGGACAGUGCCGCAGCUCUGGGUUUGCUAUAUGACUACUAUAAGGUGCCACGGGAAAAGAGAACAAUAUCCCAGCCAAAGGCUGACAUCCUGGGCUCUGAUGUGGAUCCCAACAAAAGGAUCUUAAUGGCCCCUCUCCAAGAGACGUCAAUGCCAGCGGCGGAGAACCGAAUCCAGGUUUUGAAAGGACUACCCCUAAAUAUUGUUCUUCCAGGGAACCAGCUUGCCCAGGACAAGCGAGCCCUUUUCCCCACACCAGAUACCACAGUGACAGUGUCCAUUGCGAAUGUGCCAAACUACCCAGUGAAAACCGAGGACCCAUCACACGGAUUCUCCGUCACAGUCCCCAACCCUCACUGCUCAGAGCAAGACAGCCAUACUGUAGUGUUUGACCGUCAGCUCACCCACAACCAGUUUAGCCCCAACACACAACCACGUACCCCAGACUCGACCUUCCCUGAGACCUUUAAGGAUGGGACCUCAGAAGUAUUCUCGUUCCCAGGAGAUCUCCAGUUACGCAUGGCGUCCAUCACGCAGGAGGACUACACCACUUUUGACACAGUGUCAGGAAAUAAUUUUGAGUACACAUUAGAAGCCUCCAAGUCUCUCAGACAGAAGUCAGGUGAUGGCACAAUGACGUACCUCAACAAGGGCCAGUUUUAUCCCAUUACCCUCAGGGAAACUGACAAUGGCAAACUCCUGCACGGCCCCAUCUGUAAAGUCAGGAGUGUUGUGAUGGUAGUGUUUGGAGAGGAGAAAAGCAGAGACGACCAACUCAAGCACUGGAAAUACUGGCACUCAAGACAGCACACAGCCAAGCAAAGAUGCAUUGAUAUUGCGGACUACAAAGAAAGUUUCAACACCAUCAGUAAUAUUGAGGAGAUUUCAUAUAAUGCCAUUUCUUUCACGUGGGACAUCAGUGAAGAAGCAAAGAUCUUCAUCUCAGUGAAUUGUCUGAGCACUGACUUCUCCUCUCAGAAGGGAGUGAAGGGCCUGCCGCUCAACCUGCAGAUUGACACCUACAGCUACAACAACCGCAGUAAUAAACCCAUACACCGCGCUUACUGCCAGAUCAAGGUCUUUUGUGACAAGGGUGCAGAACGCAAGAUCCGCGAUGAGGAGAGGAAACAAUCCCGCAGGAAGGGCAAGUGUCCCGAUGUCAACCCUCCUUUGGGAAACUUUGGUGUGGAUAUGAAGGUGCCCCUUCUGCACAAACGCAGUGACAUCACAGUCUUUAAGACAAUGACUGACUUUGAGACGCAACCUGUCCUCUUCAUUCCCGACAUCCACUUCUCUACCUUCCAACGUCAUCCUUUCUCUCCUGAGGACUCUGAGGAGGGCUCUGGGAUGAAGAGAUUAACUUAUUCCGAGGAGGAGUUUGGAUCACCUCCUAAUAAACUUGCAAGGAUGGAUGAGCCAAAAAGAGUUUUGCUGUAUGUGCGUAAGGAGACAGAGGAAGUGUUUGAUGCUCUCAUGUUGAAGACUCCGACUCUAAAAGGCCUGGUGGAAGCAAUUUCAGAGAAAUAUGAAGUUCCUCUUGAGAAGCUGGGGAAGGCUUACAAGAAAUGCAAGAAAGGGAUCUUGGUAAACAUGGAUGACAACAUCGUCAAGCACUACUCCAAUGAGGACACCUUCCAAAUCCAGAUGGAGGAAAUGGGAGGAUUGAUUAAGCUCACGCUGACAGAGAUUUGAAAGUCUUUGUUUUUGGGUCAUCCUACAGACUGGUAUAUACAAGUCCAGAGACCCUUUCUCUCACUCUUUUAGGAUACCAUAAAUCCCUUCUGCCUCAGCAACAUGCUUUCAUCUCUUAGUAUAGUCUAUAGUGAACAGUUUUCUGUACCUUGUAGUAUAUGAGACUAAAGUACUUUGUGAAUUGAGAGUGAAAUAAUGUAAGUAUCUCUCGAGUGUUUCUGCCAAAUACCUUGAAGAGUUUGAGCCAUAUAUAGUUUUUCCUGUUUAUAAGCUGACUAUAAGCUGAAAAAAAAAAAAAAAAAGCUUCUCAAGUGAAAGUAGUCACUGCAUCAAUUUACUUUUAGUUUUCCUCAUUUAGUUUUCCUUAAGUCAUAGCACUGUGAGAUCCUAAUCUCUUAAAAGGACAAUUGAUUGGACACUCCAGUAGGGCGUUACUGCUGUAGUAACAUUUUUGGGUUUGGGGAAAAAUAUCCUGAGCAGUAUUUAGUGAGUACAGUAUAUAUCUGUUUGUGUGUGUGUGUGUGUGUGUGUGUGUGUGUGCGUGCGUGCGUGCACAUUGAGAUAUAUAAAUGGGUGUGAACAACAAAAGUUUUUUUAUAUCAACAAAAAUGAUCAACAGGCUCAUUUCACCAAUUUUCAAACUCAACUCAUGCAUUUAGAUACCAUUGUCAGCAUACGUGUAUGAGAAAUGUCUUUUCCUGGAGGUAUUUUCAAAAUUAUGUGAUCCUGGGAGAAUGAAUAUCUACUUUUUUAUUCUAACAAAAUAAUAGCAUACUUCAAAUAGAUACUGUUUUCACAGUUGCUGUUGAAUGCAGUACACUAUAUAUAUAUAUAUAUAUAUAUAUAUAUAUAUAUAUAUAUAUAUAUAUAUAUAUAUAUAUAUAGU